AUGGUUGAAUACUUCUGGGCGACCAAACCGAUAACAAUAUGGCUGUAUACUUCUGGGCGACCGACCCGAGAACAAUGGCUGUAUACUUCUGGGCGACCAAACCGAGAACAAUGGCUGUAUACUUUUGGGCGAUCAAACCGAGAACAAUGGCUGUAUACUUCUGGGCGACCAAACCGAGAACAAUGGCUGUAUACUUUUGGGCGAUCAAACCGAGAACAAUGGCUGUAUACUUCUGCGCGACCAAACCGAGAACAAUGGCUGUAUACUUCUGCGCGACCAAACCGAGAACAAUGGCUAUAUACUUUUGGGCGACCAAACCGAGAACAAUGGCUGUAUACUUCUGGGCGACCAAACCGAGAACAAUGGCUGUAUACUUUUGGGCGACCAAACCGAUAA